AUGAACAAGAAUGCGACCACAGUGCAGUGCGACGUCGAUCGUCCUGGAUUUUCCACCCGUGCUGUGCAUGCAGGCGAAGCACGUCAGAAACCUGGCGAUUCGAUUACCGACCCCAUCUUCAGCUCGGCCACCUUUACCUUCCCCAGCACGCAGGCGGUGAUCGAUUUCAUCGAGCAGAAGCAACCGCGGGAAGAGUACGGCCGUUAUGGCAAUCCCAGCGAGGCGGUGGUCGAACGCAAGCUAGCCGCACUCGAUGGUGGUGAAUCGGCCGUACUGUACUCCAGUGGGAUGGCCGCUCUGGUGGGAGUGCUGAUGGCAAAACUAUCGGCCGACGACGAGAUCAUCUUCUUCGACGAAUGCUACCAUCGCAGUCGGGAGUUCUGCACGAAGCAUCUUUCCCGCUACGGGGUACGCACGCUUCAAGUGCGCACCGGCGAUUACGAUGCGAUGGAAGCGGCCAUCACAUCGAAAACCAGAAUGCUGGUGAGCGAGUCACCGACGAACCCUCAUCUGAGCGUAGUAGACAUUGCCCGUUUCGCUGAAAUUGGUCGACGCCACAACGUGGAAACCUUGAUCGAUGCGACGCUGGCCACCCCGUACAACCUGCAACCCAUCGCGGCCGGGGUUGAUUAUGUGCUGCACUCGGCCACCAAAUACCUGGGUGGGCACAACGAUCUGCUGGCUGGAGUGGUCGUCGGCACCACCGCGGGCCUCGAGCCGGUGCGCAACCUCCGCGGCAUCAUGGGGCCGGUAAGUUCGCCCCAUGCCAUUUACCUGCUCGAACGUGGAUUGAAGACCUUCGAACUGCGUAUUCAACGGCACAAUGCCAACGGACUGGCGGUGGCCAGAUUCCUGGAUGAACAUCCUCGGAUUGAGAAGGUGCUAUACCCAGGGCUGGAGUCGCACCCCGAUUUCGAACUUGCGCAAAGCACCAUGCGAGGUUUCGGUGGAUUGGUGACGUUCUUCGUCAAGGAUGCCGACUGGCGACAAACGGCCAGCGUGGUCGACGCCGUAAAAAUUCCGCGAAUUGCACCCAGCUUGGGAGGUGUGGAAUCGCUGAUCGAGCAGCCACUGGUAAUGAGUUACUACGAAUGCACCGAAGAGCAGCGGCGAGAAUUUGGUAUUCCUGACAAUAUGAUCCGCAUGUCCUGCGCCGGAGAAUGGGGCGAGUACGACUACUCGCGAAGCGGCAAUCCGACCCGCAAGGUGUUCGAAAAUACGCUGGCUUCGCUCGAAGGCGGCAUGGGCGCGUUAGCCUUCUCCUCAGGCAUGGCCGCCACACACGCUGUAACCAUGCUGUUGAACUCAGGCGAUCAGGUGGUCGCCGGGUCGGAUAUCUACGGCGGUACCUAUCGAUUGCUUCACAAGGUAGUUCAACGUAGCGGCAUCGAUAUCAAGCUGGUUCCCGCAGACGAUCUGGAACAGCUAGAAGCAGCGAUCACUGACAAAACGCAACUCGUGUGGAUCGAAUCGCCUGGCAACCCCUUGAUGUCCAUUACAGAUAUCAAAGCCUGCGCCGAGAUUGCCCAUCGCCACGGUGCCCUGCUGGGGGUGGAUAGCACGUUCGCCUCCCCCGUGCUCACACGGCCAUUGGAAUUGGGGGCCGAUAUCGUGAUGCAUUCCGCUACCAAGUACAUCGGUGGGCACAGCGACCUCAUCGGCGGCGCCCUGGUCGUCGAUGACGAGCAACUCUUCGAGCGGCUGUACUUCAUCCAAAACGCCACUGGCGCGGUAAUGGGCCCCUUCGAGUCGUUCCUCUGCUCGCGAGGGCUCAAGACACUUGACCUGCGGGUUCGCGAGCAAUGCCGCUCGGCGGCCAAGCUGGCUGAGUUUCUACAGCAGGACAAACGGGUUAAGCGAGUUCUGUAUCCUGGGCUCAGCGAUCACCCGGGGCAUGAGAUUGCUGCCCGGCAAAUGAACGGUGGAUUCGGGGCGAUGUUAUCCUUCGAACUCGCAGGCGACUUCGAACAGGCUCGAAACUUCUGCGAGGCAACCGAACUCUUUCAGCUUGCGGUAAGCCUUGGCGCGGUGGAAUCUCUGAUCGAACAGCCGGCAUCCAUGUCUCAUGCCAGCUAUGAUCCCGAAGCCCGACUGGCGUUUGGCAUUCGCGAUGAGUUGGUCCGCAUCAGCGUCGGCCUGGAAGACACUGAAGACCUGAUAGCAGACCUCAAGCAAGCACUCGAACGCACCUCCGGGUUCGGAUCGAUGAGAGAUUGGCUGCGGAAAACACUCACUAAGAUGAUCGCAUGGGGAAUGGGCUCAGUGGUCCUGCUCGCCUGCGGACAACUCGAGGCCACGGCUCAACAGUACCGUCCCGGCUCCGCCCCCAAAGUGACGAACACGCGAGCCUCUUACGAGGAAGAAACCUCCUACGGCCAGCGCAGGGACCCUGCUCCUCAAAUCACUCAACAGCGGCGCACGGUUCAAUCGCCCCGUAACCCGGUUCCUUCCUACGCCCGUCACCCGCAAGACCACCCGAACACGCAUCGCCCGCCGGCGAACCGCCGACCGCAAGCGGCUCCUCACGUUGACCAUAAUGUGGAGCCGGCCCGAUAUCGCUCACAACACUAUCGCAAUCGCGAGUCGGAAAUCUUCUACGACGACGCAUCGUAUACGGAAGAACUUCCUGGACCGGGCCCCUCAGGUGACAUCAUGUACGAAGACUCGUACAUGGAAGGCUAUGACGGCUACGGAGAAGGCCCCUGGCACGAUGGUCCCUAUUACGAUGACCCAUAUGGUGGCUGCGACUCUUGUGGCGGUUCCUGCGGUGGCCAGUGUGGCUACGGCCGUCCCUUUUGCCGGUUGUUUGAUUGGCUGAUGGGCCCCAGUUGCGACUGGUGCUGGUCUGAAAACCUGACCGCGUUCGGCGGUAUGGACGGCUUCACCAAUGCGGUGGACCUCGACAACAAAGGCAACUUCGGCUUCGACUACGGUAUCGAUUGGGCCGGCCCGCUCUGGAACAAAUGGGGACUGGGCUACCAACUCGGUGGUCGCGUGGUCCACAGUAACCUUUCGGGUUACGACCAGAUGAACACGCUGGGGCUCUUCGACGACGAUGGUCGACACCAGUACUUCUUAACUGCGGGUGUUUUCCGUCGCUUCCGCCACUGCACCGGCCUGCAAUGGGGUGUGGUGUAUGACUACCUUCGCGACGACUACUACACCGAAGCCAGCUUGAGUCAGGUGCGAGGCGAAAUCAGCUUCCGCGGACCCAAGCAGAUUGAACUCGGCGUGUGGGCCAGUGCGAAUGUCGGCGACGACUCGGUCUUGAACAACUUCGUAAACCAGGUGACCGCCACGAACUUUGGCACCUGGGAGACCGUCGAUCAGUACAACUUGUUCGUCAGGUUCACGAGUUGCACCGGAAACGAAAUGCGGAUCUGGGGUGGUGUGACCGGUGAGAGCGACGGCAUCGUCGGUGGUGACUUCCGGUUGCCCUUCAACGACCGCUUCGCGAUUGUGGGCAUCGGCAAUUACAUCAUUCCCGAAGAAGGUGCCAAUCAGAUCGGAGCCCGUGAAGAAAACUGGGGCCUCGGCCUCAACCUGGUCUGGUACCCCGGCCGCUCGGCCCAAACGGCUUCAUGCAGCCGCUGGCGUCCGCUGUUCAACGUGGCGAACAACGCCACCAUGGUGCCGAUGCUGACCGACAGUGCUGUCAGCCCGUAA